ACGCAAAUGUGUUGAUGUAGUUUAGCAGCUCAGUCUGUAAGAAAUGGAGACAGUAGCCAAGCGUAGAAACGUACAGCAGAAGUUAUGAGCUUUUUUCAGACAGUUAUUGUACCCUUCACUCACCUCAACAAUUUGAGAUAGUUGAGAUCAUUUGGAGUUAUUCCUGUGUCUUUUGCUCAGUGGAAGCAUCAUCAUGGCUGCCUCUCUAUGGGAACUUGUGCUGUCAGCUGGUGGCACAGCCUGACUGCAUGACACAGGGUAUGAUGAGUGGUUAUCUUAGCCAGCAGCAAAGUGUUGAGGGUUUGCAGCACUGCUGUAGGCUGUACUGUGUGCUGAAAGCCGGUCUGCUCUCCUGUUACUUCACUCCUGAGGAGAUUCAAGCUAAGAUAGAACCCAGUGUUAUAAUCUCCAUAAACAAGGACACCCGCCUUCGUGUAGUGGAGUGCAACCAAAAAGCUGGGGCUAGGCUGAGCAUCAUUGAUCCAGGGACAGGAAACCCUGCUACCCAUGUAUUCAUAGCCGAGACACCUGACCUACUGCAGGAGUGGCUCAGUGUUCUGUUGCAACACAUCUAUGAUCAGAGUCAGUGGCAGCACACCUGUGAUAAGCUGAUGGAAAUUGAGGUUUUGUCCCCACCGAAACCCCCACUUUUUCUUACAAAGCAAGCUGACUCAGUCUACAAUGAUCUCAGUAUUGGCUCUCUCUGGACCAGUUUCAAUUUGGCAGCUUUAGAGUCUUUUGCCUCUCGCAGACGCUUCUCGCAUCAGUUGUGCAGUCUGGGACAAUCACAUAGAUCAAAUCACAAAGGUCAUGAAAAGCCUUAUUCACAUUGUAUUAACCUGCUUUAAGUGAAUUUUAACUCUGCAUAUAAAUGUUAAAAUAAUGAAUACAAGAUAAUUCACCUCU